CCAUGUCACCGUUGAAACACAGGCAAGGGAAGGAGUCUGGUCCUCCUCCGACUCCGAGCAGCCAUCUCUUGGGCAUAUCCAUUUUUUUGUUCGUCGUCAAGCAUAGCCGCUGGCUGGCCCCUUCCCGCAGCCUCGGCCAUAACCCAACAACAAGACCACAAAUUGCAACGCCCAAUUCCAUUCCAACUGAACCAUCUCUUAGCAGCUCAUGACACAGACGCAAUGACCAGGUCCGAAACUCCAUCGUAGCCAUCAUUGCUUCGACUAUCAGGGUUGCAUUUUAUGGCAAUAUACUAAUAGAGAUUAUAUCAAAGCAAGGUUCUGGUUGUAGCAUGGUUGGAGCAUUUGACUUGAAUGAUCUUUUUCUGAAACUCAACAACCAUUAUUGAUAAUCCAAUUAUACUGCUUGAUGCAAUUAUUGGUAUGGCUUCAAAUUUGGAACCCAUUCCAAUUACAUCUCAAAAACACGACCCUGCAUGGAAGCAUUGUCAAAUGUUUAAGAAUGGGGAUAGGGUACAACUGAAAUGUAUAUAUUGUCUCAAGAUGUUCAAGGGUGGUGGCAUUCAUAGAAUUAAAGAACAUCUUGCUUGUCAAAAGGGUAAUGCCUCCACUUGCAGUCGCGUUCCUCAUGAUGUUCGGCUUCAAAUGCAACUUAGCUUAGAUGGUGUUGUGGUGAAAAAGAGGAAAAAGCAAAAAAUUGAGGAGGAGAUUCUUAAUGUUACUCCUAUAUCUACUGAUGUAAGCACAAUUGCCAAUCAGGUUGAUGUAAAUGCUGCUCUUCAGUGUCUUCCAGUUCCAAAUCCAGUUGAGCACAACUCAACUUUGAUGGUGAGUCCUGAUGAAGGAAUCAGUAGAACUCUAGAACGAAGAAAGAGGGUAAGAGGCAAGAAUGAUACAUUAAUGCACACAAACUCUGAGGUUUCUGCCUUGGAUAAAAAUGACUUGUUUCCCAAAAGGUUGGACAAUCGCAUUCAUAUGGCAAUAGGUCGGUUUCUGUAUGGUAUUGGUGCACCUCCAGAUGUUGUCAACUCAGUCUAUUUUCAGCAAAUGAUUGAAGCAAUUGCUUCUGGGGGCUCAGGUGUUGAACGGCCCUCAUAUCAUGAUCUUCGAGGUUGGAUUUUAAAAAAUACUGUCGAAGAAGUUAAGAGUGAUAUUGAAAGAUGCAAGAUGACAUGGGCUAGAACUGGUUGUUCUAUUUUAGUCGACCAGUGGGGCACAGAAACAGGUAGAAUAUUGCUAAGAUUUUUGGCAUAUUGUCCUGAAGGUACAAUCUUUCUGAAAUCUGUUGAUGCAUCUGACAUUAUAAAUUCCUCAGAUUUUCUAUUUGAGUUGAUAAAACAAGUAGUAGAAGAAGUUGGAGUCACAAAUGUCUUGCAAGUGAUUACGCCUGGUGAAGAACAAUAUGCUGUUGCAGGGAGACAGCUGACUGACAACUUUCCUACCCUUUAUUGGAGUCCCUCUGCAGCCUAUUGUAUUGAUUUAAUACUUGAGGAUUUUGGAAAUAUUGAGUGGAUUAGUGCGGUGAUUGAGCAAGCAAAAUCUAUAACAAGAUUUGUCUACAAUUAUAGUGCAGUCUUGAAUAUGGUUAGAAGGUACACUUUGGGGAAUGAUAUUGUGGAUCCCUCUUUCUCACGCUUUGGAACAAACUUCACAACACUGAAACGAAUGGUUGAUCUUAAACACAAUUUACAGGCCAUGAUCACUUCUCAAGAGUGGAUGGACUGUCCAUAUUCAAAGCAAACAGCUGGACUGGAAAUGCUAGAUUGCAUAAGUAAUCAGACAUUUUGGUCCUCAUGUGAUCUGAUUGUUCGUUUAACCAUUCCUCUCUUGCAAGUUCUGAGAAUAACUGCAAGUGAGAAGAGACCAGCAAUGGGAUACGUUUAUGCUGGAAUGUACCGGGCAAAAGAAGCAAUUAAGAAAGAACUUGUCAAGAGGGAAGAUUAUAUAGUGUACUGGAGUAUUAUACAUCACAGGUGGGAGCAGUUGUGGCAUCAUCCUCUUCAUGCUGCAGGAUUCUACCUUAAUCCAAAGUUCUUCUAUAGUAUUCAAGGGGAUAUGCAUAAUGAGAUUCUCUCAGGGAUGUUUGAUUGCAUAGAGAGGUUGGUUCCUGAUACAAGAAUUCAAGAUAAAAUUAUCAAGGAGAUAAACUUAUACAAGACUGCUGCAGGAGAUUUUGGGAGAAAGAUGGCUGUCAGAGCUAGAGACAAUCUACUUCCUGCUGAAUGGUGGUCGACUUAUGGUGGAAGUUGCCCUAACUUGGCACGUUUAGCUGUUCAUAUUCUCAGUCAAACAUGCAGUGUGAUGGUAUGCAAGAGAAACCAGAUUCCUUUUGAACAAAUCAUGAAUACAAGGAAUCACAUAGAGCGCCAACAUUUUACCGAUCUUGUCUUUGUUCAUUAUAAUUUACAAUUAAGACAAAAGUCUAUGAGUAAAGAACAAGAUUUUUGUGAUCCCUUAUCAUUUGAAAGCAUUGGUAAUGUUGAUGACUGGGUAAGGGCUAAGGAUAUGCACUUAGAGGAGUGUGGGAAUUCAGAUUGGAUGGCACUGGAUCCAUCUUCCAUUAAUACAAUGUUGUUAAGACCUCUAAAUGAUGAAACUGAAGAAUUGGGUGAAGGCUUUGAUGAUAUUGAGAUUUUCAGUUGUAUGAAAGAUGGGGAUAUUGAAAAUACAGGAGACAAGUUUGUAGACCAUUAACCGGUGGAUAGAAGAACCAAAUCUGCAAAAUCCAUGAUGGUGCCCUUCUACAUUGUGACCAAAUGCUGUAAAAAAUAAACAGAAAUUGUUCUCAAAAAUAAAUUGUGAGAAACUCUGGGGAGGGCUAGUUGGGCAGGUGUGCCAAAAGGACCAUAUCCUUUUCGUCAUUGGAUAUUACGUGCCUGAACUCACCAUGUUCAAGUACAGUAAACUCUUCUUUCAUGGUAGCUUUAAUGUAUUUCUAGAAGCAAUAGUGUGUACAGCUCUUCCAAACUGAGAAGUGAAAAUAAAUCACUCCAAUUGAGGCAAAUAAAAGUUUCAUUCAUUCUGUUUCUUACCAAGUUCAUCUUAUGAUCAUAUUUGAGUUUCAUUUUCUCCACAGUAAAUGUUUUUUAGUGCAGGUUUCCUUGUAUCAGUUAUUACUCUUUUGUUCCUUCAUUGUCCCACAUUUCUUACUUUAUUCAAUGCUUUUGUAACUCAGUUGUACACACUUACCCGUAGUAUGUUUAGUUGCCUUGAGUUAUCGGCUGAUAAGUCUGUAUGGGUCAUAUAAGCAGAAUUUUAGAUUUGAGAUUCUGAUAUAUAGUUUCAUUAUUUUAACUUCUUGUUAUAUAAUUUCAUUAUUGCUUCAUUAUUCUUACCUAAUUGUUGUGCUCUUAUUAAGUUUUAUAUCAUGUUCUUUUAAUUUUUCCUUUGGAUACUCAAACGCCAAAAAUUGCAUUUGGUGUAAACUUCUUAUGAAUCUACCCAUAUUCUUCCUGUGAUCUGGAUUAUAUGAAUUUUGUGUUUAGAUGUUGACUAUUGCAGCUAUGGUUUACUUCUUGCAUAGUUGGAUAUAGAAUUUUAGAAAGUAUGUUAUUCGUUGUGCGAGUAGUAUUCUGUGUAGGUGGUGUCUUAUCUCUGGCCGAGCAUAUCCUUGAUUGCAAGGUUUAACCUGUGAUGUUUAAUGUAGAUGUGUAAGGCCAAUGGGUAAGAAGGGAGCAGCUAAGAUCUGAUGUAGGCCCGGAUGUGUUUGAAUUCCUACCUUUUUAUCAAUUUAUUGGAAAGAAAGGAGAAAGGCUGGGAGUCUAGUGAUGAUAUUUAAAAAAUAUAAAUCCAUAUAUUUAGUGUUUUUAUGAACUAUUGAUAUUAAGAAAAAUAUAUAAAAGUCAAAAGACAUAAGAUGUCAGAAAGCUCAUUUCUUUUGAGAAAUUUCACAACUGCUCUCUGUUUUUUUUUUUUUUUUAACUGGUGUUUUUAGUCUCAUGUGACUUCCAUUACCUCAAUUUGGCUUGUUUUGUUCAUUUUAAGGAUUAAGCUCAACUAUGUUGUGCCCUUUUGGAUACUGAUUUGGAUGAUAAUGAACCCAGUACAUUAUAUUUUGUACAUUCCGCACCAGUUUGUGAUAACCUCUUCACUCUUUAAAUAAAUCAUUUUUGCUGCAAUUUGUCUCUUGGUGUAAAAAAUUUGAAUCAUUAGCAUUUGAUAAUUAAAAGGCACGCGUUAUUUACUGCUGCACAUUUGCUGAAGUUGCGAAUUUCUGAGAACAAGCUAUAGAUUUGCUAACGUUACUGCCCUCUUUUUUUUUUUUAAACUUCAAUUGCUUGAUCGAUUUGAGAAAGAUUUGUGACUUUAUACAAAUUGGCGUGUUAUCUUUCUGUUGUAUUCUAAUACUUAAUGCCCAUUGUUGAGACACAAGGAGUUUAUUUGAUGAUGUGAAGUUCAGGAUAUCUUGGGUUGAGUGAAGAAGGCUAAGUCCACUGUUUUGGCUUAUGGUGGUCAAAUUUCAACAUGACUUUUCCAUGCGCAUAGUGAACAAUUUGGAUUCCCGUAUUGCAAAAUUCCUAUCUUUCCCUCUUAGCAACGAUCCCCCAAUCCCAAAUUCCUUUAUCCCUCCCUUUUGCCCUCUGAUUCUCUGAUCCAGCUUGCUAUCUCUAUGAAUGCUGACAGGAAGGCCGAUAAGAAGUUCCAAGUUGAGGGAAUUGUAAUCAACAAGGAAGCAUCGGCGGGGAAGAUGCUGUCUGAGGAGUUUGUUCAAAAGACAUGAUGAUUCAGCUCUCUUGAAUUCCUGGGGUUUCAGUGUCCUGUUGCAGAAGGGCUUGAGUUUCGAAGGAGAGUGACCGUUGGAUGGUACCAUACCAAAUAUGUUGGCAAGUUCAACUAAAUUGUGAAUCGGAAGGGUGGCUGCUGAUACGCACCCCACUAAGUGUGUGCAUGGUUUCUGACUUUCUUCAUCCAGCCAUAUCCGCUUCUUCAACUAACAAUGCCUACCGUUACAUCCUUCCCUCUUGGUGGAAAGAAAUUGAUUGUUGUAUUAUUGUAUCCUGUUCCUGUAUACAAGACAAUUAUGUUCGUGAUUGAAGUAAUGUUUUGUCCUUGUCCUGCUUUCCUACCCGCCACUUCACUUCUGAUCUUGUUACUGGUGGAUUCUAUUCAUCUUUAUCUUCGUUGGAUUCUUA